GCGACAUGGCUAUAAAAGCCUUGGAGACCGGUGAACAGUCCUUUUGGUUCUGCUUGAUCUAUUGACGCCUCAAUUGCUGAGUUGUACGUUAAGCCGAUUCAGUUGAGAUCACCUCAGUUCCACAAUCCCCUUGCAAUAGUAUCACAAUGGUCGGUUCUAAAGACCUCCCACCAUCAACUCUGUCCUUUGGACGUGUCUUUUACAACAAUCAAUUCUGCGCCAAGCCACAAUGGCCUGCCCCGAGCACUAGUCUUUCCGGAGAAACCGCAAUCAUCACGGGCGGAAACACUGGCCUAGGCUAUGAAGCAGCCAUUCAACUGCUGGAUCUCGAGUUAUCCCGCUUGAUCCUAGCUGUACGCUCACUCGAGCGAGGCGAAGAAGCCGCGGCAAAGCUUCGUCGCAGAUAUCCCACUGCAACAAUCAGCGUACAACUCCUCGACAUGACGUCUUACGAGUCUGUCCAGGAUUUUGUGCGCCGCAUUGAUACCGACUUCGGUCGCAUCGACAUCGCUCUUCUCAAUGCCGGCGUGAUACGGAUGGACUAUACCAAGGUCCCCAGCACUGGCCACGAAGAGACUAUUCAAGUCAACUACCUGUCAACUAUGCUUCUCGCCAUACUCCUCCUUCCCGUUCUAAAGGCUAAAAGACAGAAGAACAGCGACCCGGCGCGUCUUACAAUCGUCAGCGCCGCUUUAACAUUGGCCGCCACGUUUCCCAACAGAGAUGCAGACCCUCUCCUCCCGUCCUUUGAUGAUGCUGAGGUCUUUGCCGCCCACAGCCGGGAGGCCUACAAUACGUCGAAGCUACUUGCUCACAUGUUUCUCUGGAAGCUGGUCGACUAUGUUUCGGCAGACGAUGUCAUUGUCAACCUUGCAGAUCCGGCGUGGUGCAAAGGCACAAACCUAGCCCGAGAUGCACAGGGCAUCAUGAAGUUGGGAGUCGCGGUAUUUGGAGCAGCGACUGGACGAACGCCACGAGUAGGUGCCUCUUGCUUUGUUGAUGCCAUUGUCAACAAAGGCAAAGAGUCUCAUGGAUGCUUCUUAAUGAGCUGGAAGAUUCAUCCGUUUGCCGCGUUUCUCUAUACCUCUGAGGGUAGCGCUGUUAUAGAUCGUCUUUGGAACGAGACACUAGAAGAGCUGGACUUUGCGGGCGUUAGAUCCGUCUUGAAAGCAUUGUAGAUCGUACUUGGGCUCCUUUUACUUCUUCCGGAAACUUCAUUGUCGCGUGUCAUUGUGAGUGAGCUUUCAGGAGGCGCUUGAGUGGGCAACUUACUCGAGUGUAAGAAGUUGCCAGCCUGCCUGCCUGCAUGUACGUUGCUGUCCCACAGUCUAGACCCGGGCUUCUUUUGGCCAGUCUUUACCAUUUUUACCUUGUUUCUUCGUAGCAGACUUCUGUUAUUCGCAUGCGCAUC